AUGGCCUCGAUAGACACGUCGACGUCCUCCGGCGGCGAUGAAAAGGUGCGCGAACACCCCUACAAGCGCACGUUGACGGGCCACGCCUUGCCAUACAACCGGGCGUACCCGAACCGUCCUGAGGGCCGAGCCAAACAGCCGUUUCUGCGCCACUACUUCCGCCCUAGCUGGGUCGUGGACCACCUGGACUUUGCCAGCUUCAAAGUCGCGUCGCGAACGUGGGUGGGAAUCUGGUUCGGACUCAUGCUGAUGAUGAUUCCGGGCUACGUCAAGUGGCUGGGUCGAGCGCCGUACCUGACGGCCAUUAUCGGCGUCAUUGUGCCGUCUGGAGACAUGUCGGUGACGGUGUGCUUCAUAGUCAACGCGGGAAUGAUGCUCUUCACCGUCUUUGGCUGGAUCGUCAUGAUCGUGGCCAUGUACAUCAACAACAAGUACUUCCAUGACAGCAUGACACCCAAGCAAAUGACCCAGAUUCUGAUCGAAAGAGGCAUCUGUAAGGCCCCCACCGAUCCCACCGACCCCAAGGCCAUGGCAGCUCUCCAAACCUGUGCCCAGGGAGCCGUAUUUGACGCGCAGUUCAUGACAGCAAAGGGAAGUAUCGUCUACGCCGUGCUCAUGGGCUGCUUUGCCUUCUUUCUGCUGUGGGUCAAGAACAAGUCGCGAAUCAUCAUUCCGGGCUACGUUUGCGGCAUCAUCGCCAUGUCUGUUCUUCUGACUGUGGGUCCCAUGGUGCCUUAUUACCAACCCAUCACUCUAGGAGUGGUCCUCCUGAAACCCGUGGGUCUUCAAUGUGCCAUCAACUUCAGUCUUUCGGUGCUGAUUUUCCCCUUCACCACAGGGUUUCAGUUCACCAAGACGGUGAUUGGCGAAAUCUCCGUUCUUUCCGGUCUCGUCGACUUCCACCAGCAGUUUCUCGGCUCCAGUCUUCCGUCCAACGAGUCCGAGUGGCUCAAGUUCUCCGAGAUUGAGGCCGACGUGACCAAGGCCCGCCAGCUGUAUCCGAAAAUGCAGUCCGAGAGCGCAAUGUUGCAUCUGGAGCUCUCCUUUGCACGCUUCUGUCACCACCACUACGAAGGUCUCAAGGUGGCAGUAGGACGGCUUACCUCUUCCAUGGCGGGCCUGGUCUACUUUUACGACAACAUUGAAAACAUCCGACGAGCCAUCAUCAUCAGUGCAGAGGCAGACGAGGCGAUCCGAGCAGUUCCCUCGCAGGAAGAGUCUGAGACGGUGCCGCCGGUGGGCGUGUACGAAAUGAAGAGUGGUCUACGAAAUCGAACCGCCCUGCAACAAAAGGCCACCCUCAGAGAGCUCACCAUGCAAGACCUGGACCUGCUCAUUCUACAGCUGCGACAAAUGUCAACUCCGUUCAUUCAGGAGGUCUGCAAGUCGCUGGAUGUGAUAAAGCGGUGGCUCGAGGCCGCCAACGUGUACCGAGGCAACUCGCUCUUCUUCUUCUGGAUGUCCAAGAGCUUCAAACAGCAGCAGAAGCAGCUCUCCGAAGAGCUCCGCGAACGGUAUGCGGACUUUCAGCGUGAAUCCAAGGACCUGCUGGAAUCGAAACGGUUUGCUCUGUUUGGAGAACACGAGGAAAACACCAAGUUUGUCACCUUCUUCUUCCAGGGCGCUCUGUACUGUGGAUACAUGAAGAAUCUGUCUGACAGUCUGGACUUUUUAUACAAGAUCCUGCUGGAUAUCGACGAAAAGCACGCCACGCCCUCGUGGAGAUUUGGAAAGGGCAUCAAAAAAGCCAAGGACAACAAGGCCGCUCUUUACAUUAUGAACCAUUACGCACGAGCCGACGAGAAUCAUCUGAAAACAACCCACAACGAAGACUUGGACGACCUGUUCAACCAGACAAUCCAUUAUGCCACCGACCGACGACGAAACCCCGAUGCAAUGCCGCCCUCGACGCCUCUACACAAGUUUGGAGCACGAUUUCGCAAGGAGAUUAUCAAACUAGGAUCGCCUAGUCUGUUUGUUCCUCUCAAGGGAGCCGUUUUCACCGUGCUGUCGGCCUCUCCGUGUUUCUUCACGGCCUCAGCCCCCUGGUUCUACAAGAACAAAAUCAUGUGGAUGGUGAUUAUGACGGGUCUGUCCAUCUCGGAGAACAUGGCUGACAAUCUCUACGGCUUCAUUGCUCGUAUCUUGUACUCCUUCUACGCCGGAGUCAUUGCCAUGGUGGCUUGGUACAUUAGUACAGGCAACGGCAACGGCAACCGAGCUGGAUUCAUGGUGGUUAUUUGCAUUCUGUACUUUGCUUUGUCUUACUACCGGGAGUUUGCCCAGCACACCACCCCCAUGCCCACCAUUGUCCUGGUGGUCACUACGGUGAUCAUUCUGGGCCUGUCUUGGACAGACGGAAUGGGCAUCACUACCCCCACUAUCGGUGUCGGUUAUGCGGUUGCAUGGAAACGGUUUGUGACCGUGGUCAUGGGUCUUACGGUGGGAUUUGUGUGUUCGUGCGUGCCUCGUCCCGUGACGGGAAAGCGGCUCAUUCGAAAGACGCUCGCCAGUAUCAUCAAGGACACCGGCACAUUGUUUUGUCGAAUCAGCGACUUUGGAGCUACUCGACUCGCCAACCCCGAUAUUGAAGUCAAUAGCUCGUCUAUCAAUGAUCCCAUUUUCGGCGCUAUUUCCAACGGCCAGAGCCGAAUUGCGGGCACUCGGUUCCUGGCUUCCAUGAUCCAGUUUGAACCAUCGCUGCAAGGAAGAUGGCCAUCCAAGACAUACAGAGAAGUCACCAACAUUGUAUCUGAACUAGUGGAGCUGCACCACCAUCUCUACGUUGUUCUACAGCAGAUUGGAGAGCCCAGAUACUGGCUGCCCCAUCUCCUGAAGCUCGUGGGAUGGAAGAACCAGCCGCUCAUGUCGCACUACUUUGCCGUUCUGUACAUGGCCCAGGGAGCUCUCUACGACGGCUCACCACUUCCCCAGGUCACUCCAGCUAUGCUUAUGGUAGAGCAUUUGGAGAUUCUGGAGCGACAGUUCAAGAACACCUACGAUACGACUGCCAGAGAAGCCAUGGGAGACACCUCAGACAUGGCUAGCGAUGACGGAACUCCGGGUCUCGAACAAAUCUCUUUGCAGCGAUUGAAGACGACUGACGGACUCUACUUUUCAGCCAGCAUUGUGCUUUCCAACUGUAUCUUUGACCGAAUGGAUCGACUCAUGUUCCAGGUCAAGACUCUUGUUGGAGAGCAGUUUGUGAAUGCAGACUACUAUCGCGACGAUGAGGUGGUUUGA